UAUGUCGCUAUUUGUCUAUGGCCAUUUACGAAUCGAGCCGAAUCGCACAAGGUUUCACAACAAUUUUAUCACGAGAAAUAAAAAAACGCGCCUCCGAAUACGACACGCAAACCGAGUAAAAGUAGAUCAUAAAAUCGCCGCCUAAGGAAAACCGAGAUCCCUGCGAAUUUUCAUUGACCAACCGAAGAAGCAAGUGUUUAUUGCGAAAUAUUUUAAAUAAAUAUUACAUAAUGCCUUUGCUGCGUUUGACCAGUGGAAGUUUUGGGUCGCUGCGCACCUUCGCGACGUCAUCCGCCCUUGGAAAAAGAGUGAAGACUUUCGCCGUCUACCGCUGGAACCCUGAUGAGCCUGACAAGAAACCUUAUACCCAAAACUUCGAGGUUGAUCUUGAUGAUUGCGCGCCUAUGGUGCUAGACGCUCUAUUGAAGAUAAAAAAUGAAAUCGACCCAACUUUAACGUUCAGGAGGUCCUGCCGUGAGGGUGUCUGUGGUUCUUGCGCUAUGAACAUCGACGGAAUCAACACGUUAGCUUGCAUCAGUCAUAUCGACCAGAACUUGUCCAAACCAAGUAAGAUCUACCCUUUACCGCACAUGUACGUAGUCAAGGACCUCGUGCCUGACUUGACAAACUUCUACCGUCAGUAUCAAUCCAUAGAACCUUGGUUGCAGAGGGACAAGGAAGCUGUCAAAGGUAAGGAAACUCAGUUACUCCAAGAUGUAGAAGACCGUGCGAAGUUAGACGGUUUGUAUGAGUGCGUACUUUGCGCUUGUUGUUCAACAAGUUGUCCAUCAUAUUGGUGGAAUGGAGACAAGUAUCUCGGGCCUGCUGUAUUGAUGCAGGCGUACAGAUGGAUUAUAGAUUCUCGUGAUGAUGCUACUGAAAAACGUUUGGCCAAACUCAAGGAUACAUACUCCGUUUACCGUUGCCAUACGAUCAUGAAUUGUACACGAACAUGCCCUAAAGGUUUGAACCCAGGUCGUGCUAUUGCACAGAUCAAAACAUUACUCUCUGGAAUGGUUAAGAAACAAACUCCGAUCAUGGACCCAGCAGGCUUAGAGAAGCAGGCAGUACAAAACUGAAUAAGUUAUUAGUUCAAAAUUUAAUUUAUUUAUUAGUUGACAGUAAAAUCUCGAGAAAAACGUUUGUGACAUAAAUAAUACUUUAAUUUUUAAUGAAAUGUUAAAAGUUCGCUUUUCAAGAUAUUAUUAAGAAAUUACUUGCAUAUAGAGACUUAUUUAGACAAAGUUACGUAUUCCUACAGUAUUUAGUUAAUGAGACUUGUCACAUAUUAUAAUAGUACCUACUGAAAACUAUGAUAUUAUUGUAUC